AUGAGUCGAGUAUCCAGAUCUUGCAAGAAAUUCAAAGAAGACUGUAUUGUAGAGAGAGUGAAGCAUCCACUAUCCAUAAUGAUCUGGGGAGUUAUCAGUGCAAAGGGUAACGGGCGCCUCUACAUAGUGGAAAACACCAUGGGGCAGGAUCAGUACAUUAAAGUUCUGUCAGAAAAACUGAUCCCACAGACAUCAGAAUGGUUUCCUAAUAAGGAUUUCCUAUUUAUGCAUGACUCAGCCCCAUGUCAUAAAGCAAAAAAAGUGACAAAAUUCCUAAAUGAGAUCCAUCCAUCAGAUAAAGAUGUUGGAAUGGCCUGA